AUGAGCCAUGGCAGCAGCCACUAUGCCUUCCAACCUGUGACAAUUAUGCAUGGCCUGAGACCUACAGAUGCUCAUGCAGGCGAAGAAGAGGUCCGACCGAUCCUUCUCCGACCAACCCUUGGAAACGAUCCCAGCCUCGUCUACGGGCGUUCUCCACCUGCCGCUGCCCUCUUCAACAACCUCCUGCAGGCCGACUGGGCCUACUUCGGUCUCCCGCGCGAGAGCACAACCUUCCCCUUUCACGCCGGGAUCGAGGCCGCCGAACAGCUCUACCGGACCUUGCAGUUCCGAUCAAGCCUACUCGGCCUGCUAACAGUCCACGACGAAUCCCUUACGGGCGGGGCUCUACGGGGUCUGCAUGGCAGCGAAGCCCAAAAGCUGGCCUUGCAGAAGUUGGCAGGCACAGCAGCUACAGACUAUAACAUCCGAGCGACCGACUUGCUCCACAAGUGGGAUGAGAAGCUCACCAUGACCAAAACGGAGUUAUGGCAGACCCUGGUGGAGAUCUGCGGGGGACGUGAGGUUCUUCUGAUGGACCCGAACCCGUCGGAGGAGCUCCGGCCGUGGCUGGGGCUGGUCAUAGAGGCGUGUUGCCGCUUGGGGGGCGCGGUGGACUUGAUCUACAGCCUCGUCGGCGCGCCCUGGUCCUUGGAGCGGACGCGUCGCGUUGCACAGCUCCAACACCUGAUUCGCAGUGCUUUUGUGGCGCACGAUGGGCUUCAUGCGGGCGGGGACGAUAGUGAUGUGAGCAUGGCGGAUGCAGAUUGAGGGGCUUGUCGUCGAAGCUCCUCACGGAGCCAGCAGAUGG